AUGCAGUACAAAGGCAUCAACAGAAUGACGCGAGAAAAGAUACUCGGCUCGGAGGAGUUCAAGAGGAUGAGGUCGUUCACACAUGCGGAUGUGAUUCAGAGCAUCUGCUCUCUGGACUCGAUAGGAGGCCUUAUCAGGGGCACUCCGCACAAGUUUCUGUGUCUUGUCCAGAAGAUGGGGGCCACCUCUCUGAGUGAGGAUGCUGUUGCUGUGGACUUGGCGAAUCUGAAGCCUCUCGAGCCUAAGCCUCUGGGCUCUCCGGCAGAAAUGUUUCAUGGAAACGUGUAUUUUAUAGCCGCUUCUCUGUUUUAUCUGAGGCUUUCCAAGAGGUUUCACAAGUACAGGCCUCUAAUUGGGUUGUUUCUCGCAGACUUUAGAAAGAUACCUGUGGUUGAUGGACAGAACAACAGGACAUUCAUGUACCUUGAUGUGCUUGCUGACGAUUUAUUGAAUAAAAGCAGGAUAUUCAAUGUUCAUCUAAGCAGAGCUGAUUGA